UACAAGCUCAGUUGCUGUAACUUUAGGCAUAAGAGAAGUCAAAACUGUCCUUUGUGUCUCAGUUUCAAUCUACCAAACAAUUUAUUUUAAAAAUACACAUGUAAUCCCCCCCCCCCUUUUCAAGCUUCAACGAUACCUUUAAUCUGACGUUCCGAUUAUCAGUAGUUAGCUCUAGUUCGAUUCCCCUUGUUUUCCCUUGCCUAAUGUAACCAUCAUGGUGGAUUGUAGUACGAGAAAUGUUCUCAAUUAUUCCAUGUUUGUCUAGCUGUCCAGUGUUUUCUUGGAUGAUUUGAAAGUGUUUUUGUGAUCGAAGUCAUGACAGCAUUUCCCUAUGUUUCCUCUUCGGAGAGAAGAUGGAGAAACAAAUUUACACCAACCCCAAUUGGACUUUUCGAGAGAGAAGUUCGUGGGACAAACGUUAGUGCCUUGAAGGAAAGAUUGAUCGGACACAGGAUUGCACACUCACAGAGUCUAUUCAAGCGUGAUCUGCUUGGUCACUUUGGAUGUGUGAACGCUAUUGAGUUUUCCAACGAUGGGGAGUUUAUUGCAUCAGGUGGAGAUGACCGCCGGCUGCUGCUGUGGAACAUCGGGCGAGUGAUGUACGAUGACAAAGCUCCUGACGUGAUUCACACGCAGCACAUCAGCAACAUCAACUCCUGCUGCUUUGACCUGACCAACAAGAAGAUUGCUACUGGAGGAAAUGAUGGUCAAGUCAUUGUUCAUGAUUUUGCCAGUCAGAAGUCAACAGCGGUGUACGGCCUGAGUGAUGCCAUCUACUGCCUGUCCGCGGACCCCAUCAACUCCACCGUUCUUGCCACGGCCAGCGACGACGGGAAGGCCCGGAUUGUGGACACACGGCUACCGGCUGACAGCUCCCCGUUUGUCCUGGCAGACUGUGGCUCGGCCAUGCACUCAGUGACCUACAACCCCGUGGAGCCACGCCUCCUGGCCACCGCCAACUCCAAGCACGGUGUUGCUCUCUGGGACAUACGCAUGCCGCAGAAUACGUGGUCUCAGGAUCCGACGACUUCUGUAUCUACCUGUGGAAGAUUCCGUCGGACGUCUCCAAACCAUACCACCAGGAAGAGCCGCACAUGAUCCUGAAAGGUCACAGGUCGAUAGUGAACCAGGUGCGGUACUGCCCGGUGAACCAGCUGUUUAUCUCAUCCGGCGUGGAGAAACUCAUCAAGAUGUGGAGCCCGUACAACAUCCCAGGCAGCACGGGGAGACUAGAGCACAGCCGUCGCUAUGGCGAUGACGAGGAGGUGGAGAGAAACGCCUACAGCCACGAGGAAUACAUUCACAUGGUGCUUCAGGCCGGGAGCUUCCUGUCACAUGACUACACCAACGGCAGCACGGAGGAGGAGCCCUGCAUGAUCGCGUUCUUCGACAGUCUGAUACAGAGGGAGGUGGAGCAGAGUGUGGAUGAGGACGCCGGGGACGACGGAUCUGACCCGUCCGCUCAGGAGGAGGAGGACGAUGAUAACGUCAACCAUCAGAGGUGGAAUGGUGGGGAUGAUGAUGAUGACGACAACGGUGAUGAUGGAGGAGGAGGUGGGGAGGAAGGUGGUGGAGGCGGGAGUAGUGAGGAUCCCCCACAGACCACCCGAGAUUUUGGAGUUCUGGGCUUGGAUGCCACGCUGGCGACCCCACAGGCACAGGAGAACGAGGACGCUAAUAGUACACACGACACGAUCGGCAGUUCUUCCAGCCGCUUGGAGGAAUCCUCACGACCUUUCUUCCGUGACCUUGGCUCCUCCUCUUCCUCGGACAGCGACAGUGAAGUGGACGAGAUUCUGCGCGCGAUGUACAGCCGCUACAUGACCUCCAGAGAACGAGCCUUCAACUCGGCGCUGAGGCCCAGUGGGAAGAAAAUCUCAAGCGUGAUCGCGCGGGGCAAGCAGCACGACAACGCCACCAAGAGGAAGAUGUGCCCCAGGAAGCUUCAGCGUAUCCGGGAGGACUUGCAGCACAGCGGCGACCAGUUCCUGCGGGACAACGCCACCAACAUGAGCAUCCUGGCCGACAUCAUUGACAACUUUGUGGACAACUUGGUGCAGAGCGAGUCCAACAACAGCCGCAACCUCAGCGACACCAACGAUGGACACAUGAGCACCAACGACGGACACAUGAGCACCAACGACGGACACAUGAGCACCAACGACGGACACAUGAGCACCAACGACGGGCACAUGGGCACAGACUCACCGGCCGUCGGGGCCACGCCGGGACACAGAGACAACAACACAUCCACAGACGAAGGUUCUGAGCCCACCCACAAACCGCCCUCGUGUGGCACCGGUGCUGAGAACAGACCUGAGCCACUUGUGGGUCCCACCACCUCGGCCAGCUGUUCCUCCCCGCCUCCCCCUGCCGCUCUCACCUUUGACCCCUCUCGGCCUGGCUCCAGUCGCUCUUCCUCUGCUCUGACCUGUGUAUCUGACCUCCGACCCAUGACCCCCAUGUCUUUCCGUAGUAAGCUCAGACUGUCUGAGGUUGCCUCUACAUCUUCUAGCCCACUGAUGGGGAAGGAGAAGAAUGCAGGUAAACGUAGCAGACCAGUGGCACACAACACACCAGUGGCACACAACACACCAGUGGCACACAACACACCAGUGGCACACAACACAGCAGUGGCACACAACACACCAGUGGCACACAACACACCAGUGGCACACAACACACCAGGUACACACAACACACCAGGUACACACAAUGGUGGUGGAGAGGAGAGCCUCACACCCAGCACUGAUCUCCCGCCAGCUGUCAGGCCGAGCAGGACGAGGGGGGGCGGGGCUGAUGGGGGCGGAGACAGGGGGAACUCGCCUCUCCUCUUGUCCAGCAGACGUGCCCACCCUCUUCCCAUCUCCUCCCCUUCCUCGUCCCGUCUCCUCACGGCUCCCGUGAACAUCCCCACAACCAGAAACAACUCCGCGUCCUCCCCCUCUCACUCCCAGCCUUUCCACUCUGUCACCAUUGACCGCUCAGAUUCCGACGCUUCGUUCCGAUCUAUAAUUAGACUGAGUAACAACAAAAGUGUUACUGGGACGGCUGAGGAGUCAACCAAGGGUGCUGCUGCUGUAAAUAGAACUGACUCGGAUACUGCCCACCCCAACAGGCUGUCGCCCCCUGACCGGCAGACGUCUUUAAGUUGUGUCUCUUCAUCAUCAUCGUUGUCGUCGUCAUCGUCACUGAGUACCACCAAAUGUUUUGCUUCCUCAUCUUCCAGUUCAUCGACAGAGAACAAGGAAGAUAACGAAUGCUGUGUCCCCAGCAACCAAUCGCCCAGUUCCCCUGUGUGUAAUAAAGAUCUGGCUACUCUACCUCGCGUCAUCGACUGUGCCGCCCGACAGAUGAAACCUCAAACUGUCCACUUCAGGAAGGCUCCACGGGCAAAGAAACGACGUUUUCGGGCAACGCGUGUAGACUCACAGUCAUCUA